UCAGUCUGUGCGGCAAAGUGGAACGAAAUGGGUCACCUGGACUUGGAUUUUCACGCUAUUCCCAAACUACAUGGCCGGGAGAACUACUGGUCAUGGCGCAUCCUCUUGAAAACCUAUCUGGAGGCCAACGACCUGUGGAAGCACAACGAACCCAAGGAGAGCCCCCAAACUAAAUUCCUGAUUUUGGCCAGCAUUACGCCCGAUAAGAUUGAGCCAGCCUACGAUGACCAAACCUGUUCGUACAUUUUCCAGAACAUGGAGAGCCGUUUUGGACCCUACAGCUAAACUUUUAACAUGAAAUUUAUUGGGCUUUUUAACUGGCUUAAAAAUAUAUAUUCCCGUUGAUCAUUGG